AUGGAGGUGGCUAUGGUUGGCAGCUGGUUGGAGAAGAUGAAAGGAAGGAGAGAAAAUGUAUAUGCAAUUGCUGGUGGAUAUCGGCGGCAAACUAAGAAGGGAACAGUGGAGGAAGGAUGGAUGAAUAAAGCAACAAUAAUUACUGAUGCAGUCGAUUACAUUAAGGGCCUACAAAAAAGUGUUGUAGAUCUUGAGGAUCAGCUUCUGCAAAUGGAAUCUACUUUUGAAGAGGAGGCAAAAAUUCAGAAUGGUGAAAUUGUUGCAGCAGAAGAGAUGAAGAAAUGGGGAAUAAAGCCAGAAGUGCAGGUGACAGCAAUUGAUGGGAAUAAGCUUUGGAUAAAGAUGGUAUAUGAGAAGAAAAGAGGUGGAUUCACCAGAUUGAUGGAGUCCCUGAGUGUCCUUGGCUUUGAUCUCAAUAAUACAAGUGUUACUACCUCGAGAGGAACAAUUCUUGUUACCUCUUGUCUAGAGGAAAUUCAUGGCGGCAUACCUGAAGCUGACCGGAUUGGGGAGACAUUGUUAGACCUCAUUAGAGGCACAUAG